UCUUACUUUUCUUCAUGCAAGGACAUGUUAGAAAAAUGGUAGUAUCUGGCAUAAUCGAGUGAAGCGGCGAUUUUGUCUCUCUACCAUCGCUAACUUUCUCUUCAAUUCCGCACCUCCGUUUUCAUAAUUCUCCAACUUCUCAUCACAAACACUGUCUAUUCAUAAAGUUUUUUGUACCUUUUUGUGGUGAGGCUGUAAGGGAUUUGGUGAUGAGUACUUGAGUUCAUUAAUUGAAGCAAGGAGAAGAAUAAUGUUGAUUUGAGUGAUUUCCUUGUGGGGUUAUAAUAUAAUUGUUGUUAUCAACAGUAUAGGGUGUUGGUGAACUGAAAUGAGUGUGGUUGGGUUUGAUAUUGGUAAUGAAAACUGUGUUAUUGCUGUGGUGAAACAACGGGGUGUUGAUGUCUUGUUGAAUGAUGAAUCAAAACGUGAAACCCCGGCUGUGGUAUGUUUUGGGGAGAAGCAGCGGUUCCUUGGGUCAGCAGGUGCUGCUUCUUCUGUGAUGAACCCAAAAUCGACUAUUUUUCAAGUGAAAAGACUGAUUGGCCGGAAUUUUAAGGAUCCUGAGGUUCAAAAUGAGCUAACGUUGUUACCAUUUGAAACUUCUGAAGGGAAGGAUGGAGGCAUUUUGAUUCACUUGAAAUAUUUGGGUGAGGCACGCACAUUUACCCCGGUUCAGAUACUGGCUAUGCUAUUUUCAAAUUUGAAAGAUAUAACAGAGAAAAAUUUGGAAAUUCCUGUAACAGAUUGUGUGAUCGGGGUACCAUCAUAUUUCACAGAUUUGCAGAGACGAGCAUAUUUGGAUGCUGCAACAAUUGCUGGAUUGAAGCCUCUGAGAUUGAUGCAUGACUGUGCUGCAAUUGCACUCAGUUAUGGGAUAUACAAAACAGAUUGCUCUAAAACAGGGCCAACUUAUGUUGCUUUUGUUGACAUUGGUCAUUGUGAUACUCAGGUGUCUAUUGUAUCAUUUGAGGCUGGGCAUAUGAGGAUACUGUCACAUGCUUUUGAUAGCAGUUUGGGAGGGAGGGACUUUGAUGAUGUUUUGUUUGUUUAUUUUGCAAAACAGUUCAAGGAGCUUUACAACAUAGAUGUGUACUCUAACAUGAGAGCAUCUAUUAGGCUAAGGUCAGCUUGUGAGAAGUUGAAGAAGGUUUUGAGUGCAAAUGCAGAGGCUCCUCUAAAUAUUGAGUGUUUGAUGGAUGAGAAAGAUGUCAAAGGUUUUAUCAAGAGAGAGGAAUUUGAGAGGCUUGCAUCAGGAUUACUGGAAAGAAUAAGUGUUCCUUCCAGAAAAGCUUUAGCGGAUGCAGGUUUAUCUGUAAGGAAAAUCCAUUCUGUUGAGCUUGUUGGAUCAGGAUCUAGAAUACCAGCAAUUAGUAAGUUGCUAUCUUCUCUAUAUGGGAAAGAACCCAGCCGGACACUGAAUUCAAGUGAAUGUGUGGCACGUGGAUGUGCUCUCCAGUGUGCAAUGCUUAGUCCAAUUUUUCGGGUCAGAGAAUACGAGGUUCAGGAUGCUUUUCCUUUCUCCAUUGGAUUCUCAUCAGAUGGUGCCCAAAUCUCCACUGGUUCUAAUUGCAUACUGUUUCCAAAAGGCCAACCCUUUCCAAGUACCAAAGUUUUGACAUUUCAACGGAGUAACUUGUUACAUCUGGAAGCAUUCUAUGCCAAUCUGAAUGAACUCCCUGCUGGUGUAUCUACAAAUAUGAGUUCUUUCACAAUUGGUCCUUUCCAAGCCUCCUCUAAUGAAAAGGCAAGGAUUAAAGUUAAAGUUCAACUAAACCUUCAUGGCAUUGUAACUGUUGAGUCAGCUAUGUUGGUGGAAGACCAUAUGGAUGAUUCUGCUAGAAGGGGUAACAUACAUCCACAAAUGGACAGAACAAAGAUGGAUUCUGAUUCAUCGACAAAUGUUGCAAAUAGUGAAGAUAAUACCACUGUGCAUUCUCAGUCAUCUGAUGCUACUCAGGGUAAUGGUACACUAAAAGAUAAAGCUAAUCAGAGAUUUGAGAUACCUGUUAAUGAGAACAUAUAUGGUGGAAUGACCAAGGAUGAGCUCUCAGAAGCUCAAGAGAAGGAACUUCACCUGGCCCAACAUGAUAAAGCUGUAGAACAAGCCAAAGACCAGAAGAAUGCUUUGGAGUCUUAUGUUUAUGAGAUGCGAAAUAAGCUUUUCAACACAUAUCGGAGCUUUGCUAGUGAUAUGGAGAGGGAAGGAAUUUCCAGGAGCCUACAGGAGACUGAAGAGUGGCUUUAUGAGGACGGUGAUGAUGAAACUGAAAAUGCUUAUACUGCAAAAAUGCAGGAUCUUAAGAAGUUGGUGGAUCCAGUUGAGAAUCGAUAUAAAGAUGAAGAAGCAAGAGCACAAGCAACAAGAGAUUUGUUAAAUUCCAUUGUGGAUCAUCGAAUGUCUACGGAUUCUCUCCCAACCGAGGAUAGAGGAUUGAUCACUGAUGAGUGCAAUAAAGCUGAGCAGUGGCUGAGAGAGAGAACCCAACAACAAGAUUCCUUACCUAAGAAUGCAGACCCUGUAUUAUGGUCAAGAGAUAUCAAAAGCAGGACAGAGGAUCUGAACUCCACAUGCAAGCAGAUAUUGAGAAGGAAGUCUUCCCCUGCAAAUUCAGACGAAAGUAGUAGCCUGGACCAGCAAGAAUAGGUUCGUGUUGGACCUCAGAAAAGUUCUGCAGUUUAUCCAGACUUGUAAUUCAGCCUAGUAUAUGCAAACCUAGGAUAACAAUUUUGGAUAAUGUAAACUAAACAAGGAAAGCACGCAGUAGAAUUAGGUUUGGCUUCCCACCAGUUCUCAAGGUGGCUUGAAAAUGUCACAGCAUAGGGUAGGUUGUGAAGUACCGAUGAAUAUAGGAUUCUUCAGUGUUUCAUCCAAGACUAAUGUGUGGUUAUCUGGUUAAGUAUACCCUUUGUGUAAAGUUAUGAGCUUUGCUCUAUCA